UACGAGUAUUAUUCACUGUGAUUUUUCAUUUAAAUAAUACCCCACGCUUUCAGACACUCACAAGUCACGCACCUUCUUCAUCUUUCUCCCAUCGGCCAUCAUCUCUUCCUUCCCUCUCUGGUAAUGGGUUUCGCAGGAAACGGAUCUUCUGACACCAAAUCCCUUAACUUCCUAAUCUAUGGUCGAACCGGAUGGAUCGGCGGUCUAUUAGGUAAACUCUGCGAAUCUCAAGGAAUCAAUUAUACUUACGGUUCAGGCCGCUUGGAAAACCGGACUUCAUUAUUAGCUGACAUUGCCGCCGUUAAACCCACCCAUGUAUUCAACGCCGCCGGUGUUACUGGCCGUCCUAAUGUUGACUGGUGUGAGUCUCAUAAGGUUGAGACUAUUCGUACCAAUGUUGUUGGGACUCUCACUUUAGCCGAUGUUUGCCGUGAAAACGGCCUCGUUUUGAUCAAUUAUGCUACUGGUUGCAUUUUUGAGUAUGAUGAUAAACAUCCUAUUGAUUCUGGUAUUGGGUUUAAGGAAGAAGAUUCUCCUAAUUUUGUUGGGUCUUUCUACUCCAAGACUAAAGCUAUGGUUGAGGAGUUACUUAAAAACUACGAAAAUGUAUGCACAUUGAGAGUUCGGAUGCCAAUCUCCUCUGACUUGGCCAAUCCCCGUAAUUUCAUCACCAAGAUCACCCGCUACGAGAAGGUAGUCAACAUUCCAAACUCGAUGACAAUCUUGGAUGAACUGCUUCCCAUCUCAAUCGAGAUGGGAAAGCGGAACCUUACAGGAAUCUAUAACUUUACAAAUCCUGGUGUUGUGAGCCACAAUGAAAUUCUUGAGAUGUAUCGGGAAUAUAUAAACCCUAAAUUUACAUGGAAAAACUUUACCCUUGAGGAGCAGGCUAAAGUGAUCAUCGCUCCAAGAAGCAACAAUGAGCUCGAGGCCACUAAACUGAAGAAGGAAUUCCCAGAACUUCUAUCGAUUAAAGAGUCUCUAAUUAAGUAUGUAUUCGAGCCCAACAAGAAGACGGCUGAAGUUACAGCCUGAACACAUCAAGGUCGGAACACUUGUAUUGCCAUUGUUUCGACUUGAAGAACGGGAUUGCAAAUUUCAUAAUUCUAGGCGUCUUCGAUCUUGAUAGUAAAAAAUGAUUUUUACUGUUAUGUACUAUGUCUAUUUGUAUUUUUUCCUUCUGUAUUAAAAGGAGUGGAUGAGAUGUUUUGUAUUUGUAACAAUUGUAUUUUAAUUUUUAAUAAGAUAUGAGGCUGAUCUGAUUUAUGCCAUAA